UUGCGAUGAUUGUUUUCGACUAAUCAUAAAGAUAUUGGAACAUUAUAUAUAAUUUUUGGAAUGUGAUGUGGUUUAGUGGGAACAGGUUUAAGUCUUUUAAUUCGAUUUGAGCUUGGUACUGCUGGAGCUUUCCUAGGGGAUGAUCACUUCUAUAAUGUUAUUGUAACUGCUCACGCUUUUGAAAUGAUUUUUUUUAUAGUUAUGCCUAUUAUAAUUGGUGGAUUCGGGAAUUGAAUGGUACCUUUAUUAAUUGGUGCUCCUGAUAUAAGAUUUCCUCGUAUAAAUAAUAUAAGUUUCUGACUUCUUCCCCCUUCCUUUUUACUUCUUUUAGUCUCUAGACUAAUAGAAGGUGGAGCUGGAACAGGAUGAACAGUUUACCCUCCUCUAUCAGGUCCUAUUGCACAUGGAGGAACUUCUGUUGAUUUAGCUAUUUUUUCUUUACAUUUAGCAGGGAUGUCUUCAAUUUUAGGUGCUAUUAAUUUUAUUACUACUAUUUUUAAUAUACGAUCGCCAGGAAUUACUUUUGAGCGAUUAAGCUUAUUUGUUUGAUCUGUUCUAGUAACAGCUUUCUUACUUCUUCUUUCUUUACCAGUAUUAGCUGGUGCUAUUACGAUGCUUUUAACGGAUCGUAAUUUUAAUACGAGCUUCUUCGACCCUGCGGGAGGAGGAGAUCCUAUUUUAUAUCAACACUUGUUCUGAUUUUUUGGUCAUCCAGAGGUAUAUAUUUUAAUUUUACCCGGAUUUGGAAUAAUUUCUCAUAUUUUGAGUAAUUUCUCUUCCAAGCCUGCUUUUGGAACUUUAGGUAUGAUUUACGCUAUAAUUUCUAUUGGAAUUUUAGGAUUUAUUGUGUGAGCUCAUCACAUAUUCACUGUAGGAAUGGAUGUUGAUACCCGAGCUUAUUUUACAGCUGCUACAAUGGUAAUUGCUGUUCCUACCGGAAUUAAAGUAUUUAGUUGAAUAAUAACUUUAUAUGGAAGUCGGGGACCUUUUAGGGCUGCUAUGUAUUGAGUUUUAGGAUUUAUUUUCCUUUUUACCUUAGGAGGGUUAACUGGAAUUGUUCUUUCUAAUUCUUCUUUAGAUAUUGUCUUGCACGAUACCUACUAUGUGGUAGCUCACUUCCAUUAUGUGUUAUCGAUAGGGGCUGUGUUUGCUAUUUUUGGUGGAUUUGUAUACUGAUUUCCUGUAAUAACUGGAUUAGUUCUCCAUGAGCGAUGAGCUAAAGUUCAUUUCUUAAUCAUGUUCUUUGCUGUAAAUUUAACAUUCUUUCCUCAGCAUUUUCUAGGAUUAGCUGGAAUGCCUCGGCGUUACUCUGACUACCCUGAUGCCUACUAUAAGUGAAAUCAAGUAUCAUCAUUUGGUUCUUUAUUCUCUAUUUUUGCUGUAAUUAUGUUUGUAUUCUUAUUGUGAGAAGCAUUUGUAGUUCAGCGUGGGGCAUUAUUUCAAGCUCCAGCUCUAUCCUGAGAAUGGGAAGAUGUACUUCCUUUAGAUUUCCACAGUAAUACUGAAACUUCUGUUAGUCCUUUAUGAGGGUGAAGUAUUUGAUAG